CGAAUCAUCGAUAGAAGACAUCUCGAAGGAGGAAGCCCGGUUGUGGCGUAGAGGCUGGGGAGCGCGGUGGCUGACGGGAGGUGUAGUAACCCUCUCCAAGUCGGUACCCCGCUCAGUCCGGCGGUGAGAGCAGGGAGGUGAUGGCAGCAUGCAGGUCGGUGCAGAGUUGCAUCAACCCUCUGCUCCAGCGGCUCCGCGGCGACAGACAUUUACUGUUUGCCUUCAGCACUGCUGCACAGCAGAGGAACACAGGAGAUGACUGUGGUCCAGAAGAUCCUCGUGAUGAACCUAGGCAUGUCCUAGAUGAAAACACUUCUGAUCACAAAACCAUCAAAUUGGAAGAACAAGUCCGUGACUUAACAGAACGAUACCAGAGAGCACAGACAGAUUCUGAAAAUGUCAGACGAAGGACACAGAAGUUUGUAGAAGAUGCUAAAUUGUUUGGGAUCCAGAGUUUUUGUAGAGAUCUGGUAGAAGUAGCAGAUAUCCUGGAGAAGACCACUGAGAGCACCAUAGAAGGAGAACGCAAUGACCCAGAUUCAGCUCUGAAGAAGAUUUGUGAAGGACUAUCUCUUGUUGAGUCCAAGCUACAAAGCAUAUUCACUAAACAUGGCCUGCAAAAAAUGAAUCCCAUUGGUGGCAAAUAUGACCCCUAUGAUCAUGAAAUAGUGUGUCAUGUGCCAGCAGAGGGAGUGAAGCCAGGCACUGUGGCAUUGGUGACUCUGGAUGGCUACAAACUCCAUGGCCGCACUAUCAGACAUGCCCAAGUUGGUGUGGCAGUAGAAUCACAGGAAUGAAGUUGGCGGGCCCAUUAGAACUCAAGACUGUAAUGAACUGGAUCCUCUGUUCAUAUGAUUAUUGCUGCUACAGCAUGUCUUUAUUUAUUAAGCCACAUUUGUGUUACAUGCUGUCUUCUCAGGAUGGAUGCAGUUGCCUGACCUUAACUACCAAGAUGUACAGUUAUUUACUGGUAUUUUUUUCCUGCACUGUAAAUACCUUCCAGCUGUUUUUCAGAAGUAGCUUGGUGAUCUUUACUGUUUGUUUUAUUUAUUUAUUUGGAACAUUUCUAGGCUGCUUUUCCCUUCAUAGAAUACCCAGGGCAGCUUACAAAUAAAUAUAUAAAAUACAGUCGUGUAUUAAAAAUUGAAACACUCCCAGCUUCAGGUUUCAAUUACAUUGUGCAUUGGAUUGAAAGUAAAGUCAGAAGUCUAGAAUUCCCGUAAGUGAUUUUUAAACUUAGAAUUGCUAUGUGUAGACGAUUUCUACUUUUUCUGAAGCUGCUGUAGCCUCUGUUUUCCCUCACAUAAACUGGGAAUAGGAUACCUGGCUACCUCACAGAAAUGCUAUGACUUAACCAUUGCAAAGGACUCUGAAGAAUCAAAUCUGAGUGCUGUGUGGUUCAACAGAACAUAUGGCACCCUUCAGAAGACUUCCUGUACAUUUCAAAAAUUCCUUGAAUGAUUGGAGGCCUUACUCACAUUAUCUGGUUAUAACAAUCUGUGAAACUUAGGGUUGUGGAUAAGCUUAUAUUUGCCUCGUUAAAAGUUGAAGGAUUGGAUUCUGGAUGCAGUAGAGUUCAAGGGUCAGUAGUAGAGCGUACGUUUUAGAGCAGAUGUUCUUAGGAAAAUGAUCUUAGAUAAUUGAGCUGAGAUGUUAGCCUUUACCUGUCAAGAGUAGAUCUUACUGAGAUAGUUGGACCAACAGUUUUUCUCUAUAUACAGAAAAUUCUUGGGUGUCUGACGAAGAUCCAAGCCAAAUAGUUCACUACAAUUUUCAAGCAAGAUUUGACUUGGCAAAUGGGGAGUCUUUUGUUUUAUUUGACCUGCAAAUGGGAAGUUUUUUGAUUAUUUGAACCCUAAAGUAAUUAAUGUGCAAAUGCAUCUGUAAAAUUUAUUGGUCUUUAUUGAGACAACUUAAUCAGGUAGAAAAUCUAUGCUGUGUAUGUACAUAUGUGUGUGUGUGUAUAUAUAUAUAUAUGAAAAAAGGAUCUGAAUUGUCCUUGAACUAAAGUGGCAGGACAAUAUUAGACUUGGGGUUCUGAGUGACAACAGAGAAUGGGAGCUGAAAUGAGGCCAAACUUGUUGAAUUCAGCUGCAAGAUGAUUGAUUAGUGGUUUGGUUUGUUUGGACAUGUUUGGUUUACCUAUUACAUACAGUUAUUUGAAUAUGAUAUAUUCGGUAGACACUUAGGUAUCCUGUAGUGUAGCUCUGAAAGAAAUCCUGACUAUGUUUGGGAGAUGAUUGAGGAUACCCCUCCCAUGCUUUACUGAAUGCUAUGUAAAUCACAGCUUAGUAGGGAGAAGUUCCUUUCACAUGCAUGUCAGUGUUCUUUGGUGUCUAAACCUGAUGAUGAUUCCAGUCCCUUUGCUGGUUUCCAUGUUACCUGCAUUAAGUUAGCAGAUACUUCUCCAAGGAUAUCUCUGUAGAUAUCUGAAACUACAAAAGUGAAUGAUCCAACCUCACUAGUAUUUAUUUUCAUUCAUUUUACCAGUUGCAGACAUGGUGGUACUUAAUACAGAGGUUGUGUGGAAGUAAUGGAGCUUCAUAUUAGUGUUUUUAUUCUUUGGUUCACAGACAUGUGAAUUUGAACUGAAUUCAUCCCCGUUGCAUGUCUGCAGGACCAAAAUGGAAAUAUCACUUUGACGGCUUAGAUCUUGUUGAGCAUUUCCAUGGACAGAAGGGAUUUUCAUCUGCAGGUUGUGCCUUCCUUAUUUCCCAUUGUAGACCAAAAUGUUCACUACAGUGCUGCUUCUGAGUGACAGGGACCCCCACAGAAUAGCAUAAAGGUGGUGUCAGAGGUCUGUAGUGAGAGGAGGAGAAUCGAUGAAAAUAAAAUUGCCCUUCUUUCUACCUGUGGAAAUCUUCCACUGGAUUCAACCCUACGUGAAUUAUCUACAUAGCAGUAAUAGAUUCUGCUGGAACACUUCUUGCUUCUAAUUAAAAUGAGUUCCUGUUUAUUGAGUUCAAGAUGUUUUUAUAUCCUUUUUGCCAAGGCACACGAACGAUUAGUCUUCCAGAGUAUCUUCAUUUAAGAAGGUUAGCCACUUGUCUGUAUGGAGUCUGUCUGUGCUUUGUGUAAGCGCUGGUACUUGUGACUCAGAAGUUCUUGACGGGGGACAGCACAGUCUUCAGAACACCAUGUUCUUGAAAAUAAAGCAUACCUUUACAUGA